AUGGUGUCCGCGGCCGCUGGACUCGCAAUCGCACAAGACAUGACAGCUAUAGUCACGUCUGCGAGCGAUUCAGGUCUGCUGGCAUACACUACGAUCACCACAGCAUGUCUCCCAGCUGUGGAUCCCAACAACGAGCCAAUCUUUUCCAUCCAAACAGACACGAGCAUCGAGCCAUGUAMAUAUGUUGUCAAUGCAGACAACUACUCACAGAUCGUCAGCACCAUCGACGCAAGUACAACAUCAGCUUCACAGAGCAGUACUGCUUCGUCAGAAGUGCCCCUGUCAACCCUUGUGGGUACCAACACUGCUUCCAUGAGUGGCCCACCCAUCACAACUUCGACAACAAUCCCGACCAACUCAACUGCUCCGACUGAUGAGUCGUCUACAUCGCAAGCGACUACCACGGCUAUCACUUCAGGCAACGGUAAUCCUGCAGCGACUUUCCAACCGACUGAGACUCCCGCGGGCGGCGCUUCUGGCAAGAUGUCCGUGGGUGGCGAGGCUUUCGGUGUUGUAGGCCUGAUGGCCAUACUCGCCAUUCUAUAA